CACCAAUAUGGAGGCUGUUUACAUGGGUUGUAUAAAGGUGUUUAAAAGGGAAUAAGUUGUUUUUGAGAAGGAAAAUACACAUUUGUGAUAUCAUAUAGUGAAGCUUUCAUGUUUCUGAAAAGGAAAACAAUAUUGAAAGAUAUAGAAUAUAAAUUAAGCUCAGAUGAAGAAAGUAGAGAUAGAGACUGGGUCCGAGACCCGCGGAGAAAUUCAAGACCAAUCAGGCCCCUCUGAUGUAAGUAGCUCAUGCAAUUUUGAUGCAUUGCCAUUUACUGUGAACGAAAUUACGUCAAACAUCUCGGAGAAAUAUCCUGCAACAAGAAAAAUGCGGACAACAAGGGGGCUAGAAAUUAUAGAAGAAAGAGAUGAGGCACAAGACGUUUUUCCUUAUGAGAACAAUAUUGUUAGUGAAUUUAAUUCGGGGGAAAUAUUUGAUAAUAGCUCAAAAUUUGAUGAAAGUUCUGAAGAAGGAAUGGAGAACAAUAAUUCACUAUUUGAUGAAAGUGUAAAUUUUAACAGUUUUUCUAUAGAAAAAUCAAUUUCUCUCAAAAUAAAGGAAAUGCCUACUGGGGAGAGUGCUCCAAGUAAUUUAAUUGGUUUGCUUAGACCUGAGGCUGAAGGAUCAUCAUUCAAUCUUGAGGUACAGGAGGAUGACGAUGAUGAUAAUAAUUGUGACCAUACAGAACGUAAAACUGUGGUACAGGAGGAUGACGAUGAUGAUAAUAAUUGUGACCAUACAGAACCUAAAACUGUGGUACAGGAGGAUGACGAUGAUGAUAAUAAUUGUGACUAUACAGACCCUAAAACUGUGGUUCAAAGCAAAUAUUCAAGAAGUAUGAAACCGAUUGGUUUGGUUAGGCCUGUGGCUGCAGUUUCGCCAUUUAGUCUUAAGGUUAAUGAGAAUGACAAUGAUGAUAAUUAUGACCAUACAGAACCAAAAACUGUGAUGGAAAGCACAGUAUCAGGUACCAGUGACUCAGUAUUAAGACAAGGAUCAGAUAUGGAACAGACAUGUGUAAAACUGGCGUGGUGUGAACCAAGAUAUUACCCAACCACCAGUCAGAAUCAAACAGAACAAAUACAGAGAAAUUCUCCUGUACAGCUUUUAACAAAAGCCCGUGUUUCGGACAACUCGUCUAAUGAUGCUUUCACGAGGGCAAAGUUUACUGAUCAUCAGAACUUGUUUUACAGCAAAAAUAAUGCAUGCAAAACUGUGUAUCAUCUUAAGGAGGGAACGUCUGGUAAACAGAGGCAGGAAGUUACACUUCGUACCUAUCUUUUGUCCCAGGAAAUUCAAGAAGAUUCUGAUUCUGAUACUCAAUACUAUACUGCACAGUCGGUCCCAUUUGAACCUCUAGAGGAUGAAAAUGACAUGGAGUUUGAACUGUUGACAGAGUCAGGGGCAGCCAGUUAUCCUUGUGAAAGUUAGAAAUAGAACAUGGAAUAGAAACAGGUCACCACUUAGUAGUUGACAGAAAUAUUACAGCUUUGUAAAUAUGCUCGGAAGUCUGUUUUAUUUAGACCAAAAGGAAAUAUCUUUGGUUCGUUGACUUUCAAUAGCACAGUACUUGAGUGCUGUAAGUCUAUAGAUAGAAGUUAUGGCAGUGUGUUUUACAGAGGUCUUAUAGAAUGAAUACGAUUUUGAGUCACUUGGAUUUACACAAGAAAUGACAAGAUGUUUUAAUUUGUAUAAAUUUUGUAUAUGAUUGUUAACUUCUGAAAUUUUUACCUGUUAGUAUUUGUUGUUUUAUUAUUUGUUUUCUUUAUUUUUCAUUCUAUGGAUAUGUACAUUUUUUAUGUCUAAGUAAAUUUAACAUGCUUUGUGUUAUGUAGAUGUGUAGGUCUGAUACAAUGUAUUCAUUUCAUAAAAAAUAUGCUGAUACAAUACCUGAUGCCAUAUGAAAUAAAAACAUCUGCAUAUGCAAGGGAAACAAAAGAAUAACACCUAUGACAUCGAUAGUGCUAGAAAUAAUAAUUUAUAUGUUUAUAAAUAUACACCUUUAUUGUACGGUGUUCCGUUUGGACAAUCGUGAUUUUUAUUAAGUAUGUACCCGCGAUGCAAGAAGACACGAUGGUUAAAACGCGAUGGCACGAUGGUGCGAAGGUGAAAACGAGAUAAGACAUCGCGUUUUCACCAUCGUAUCAUCGCGAUUUCAACAUCGUACCAUCGUGUUUUCACCAUCGCGCCAUCGUGUUUUCAUCAUCGUACCAUUGUGUUUUCACCAUGGUGCCAUCGCGUUUUCACCAUCGUGUCAUUGCGCUUUCACCAUCGUUUCAUAGCGUUUUUAUCAUCGUGCCACCGCGCUUUCACCAUUGUACCAUUACGUUUUCAACAUCGUUCCAUCGCGCUUUCACCAUCGUACCAUCGCGUUUUCAUCAUCGUGCCAUCGCGCUUUCACCUUCAUACCAUCGCAUUUUCACCAUCGUACCAUCGCGCUUUCACCUUCGUACCAUCGCGUAUUCACCACGGUACCAUUGUGUUUUCACCAUCGUGCCAUCGCGUAUUCUCCAUCGUAACAUCGCGAAUUCAUUAUUGUGAUGUCUUAAUUUUUAAAUAAUGAAAUUGUUUCUUGGUGACUAUGUUGACUUGAUUGUUAUAAAUGAGAAAAUUUGUUAUAAUGGAAGACAAAUUAUAUUUUGUUACAGUAGAGAGACUGUUGUUCUCAUAAGUGAUAGUGGUAACAAGUUAAUGUCUUAAAGGUAUAAGAUUGAGAGGAGACUGGGACACAUUACAAGUGGAAAAUUACAUUACAUGUACAUAGUUCCUUAUAUACUACAAAAUGUGUCCAAACACAUAUGAUGUUAAUUCCUGUGUGAGGAAUUGUUAGAUCAGUGAGGUGUGAAUUUCAGUAGACAUGGUCAUAGUGCUUGAGCUGGUACAGGUAUAUGCCGGUGCUAGGAUGUAGAUAGAACUUGAGCUGGUACAGGUAUGUGCCGGUGCUAGGAAUAAAGAUGUAGAAUGAAAACUGAACAAUCACUUUCAGUGUGGAAAGUUGUGUUCCGAAAGUGUUAACUGGGAGUUGAAACAUAGAAAGACCUCAACUGGGAAUGGGAAUGCUCAAACAUUCAAAUAAGUUACCCAGUGUUACAUACAUGAAAUAUGUAACAUACAUGAAAUAAGCAGAUAGAUAUAAGAAAGAUAUAAGUGAUAAGUGGAUUGUCCAGUGAAAUGUUUGGCGAGUUAAGUGACAUGUGUGGAUUAAUUAAUUAGUAAAAUUUGUGGAUUAGUCAGUGACAUUAUGAGGAUUCUUGAAGUGAAAUAAUACUAAGAGGAGAAAGGCCUAUAUAUACACAGCUGAUGUGUUGUAUGGUUUAGUUUGUGUUAAAAGUGAUGAUAGGAGUGGAGUAGAUAUAUAAUUAGAUAUAUAUGUUUUAUAAACAUAUAAAUUGAUUUAUAACAUUCAGUUUUUGGAUGAUGAAAUUAUAUAUUCAUCACAUGCGAAGUUGAUGAUGAGUGGAAUGGUUUUUUUUCAGCUCGCAUGUCACAAAGUGACAAGGUGAGCUUUUGUGAUCACAAUUCGUCCAGUGUCCGUUCGUAAACUUUUACUUUAAACGACAUCUCUUCAUAAACCGCUGAGCCAAUUUAAUCCAAACUUCACAGGAAUGUUCCUUUGGUGGCCACCUUUAUAAAUUGUUCAAAGAAUUAAAUUCCAUGCAGAACUCUGGUUGCCAUGGCAACCGAAAGAAAAAACUUUAAAAAAUCUUCUUUUUAAAAAAACCCAAAAAGCUUAAGCUUAGAUAUUUGGCAUGAAACAUCUUCUAGUCAGUGUCUACCAAAUUUGUAAAUAUUUGUUCAAAUAAAAUCCCUUGGGUCAAAAUUUGCCCUGUCCCGGGGUCAUUGAUUUUCUUUAUUGGCGUCCGCGCCGAAGCGCGGCGCCCCUUAUGGAAUGAAAUCAGAUUUUGUGAAAGGGCGACAGCAACUUCUCGAGCCUUUUAGUCGGUCAUAAUAAAAGCCGAUCAUUCCGAUCGGUAUGAGGGUGCUUGAUUAUUAAUUAAAAAUGAAAUGUCGCGAUAUGUACAAUGAUUAGCGAAAUGGAGAAUUUCGCAAUGCAAACAUUUUCAAAUGCAAUAAAUGGCGCUCUUCGGGGUUUUUUAUUUAUCAUUUUGUAGUACACAGUGGGUUAUUAUGGUAUGUUAUUGUUGUACACGUAUCCGAAAGAUGAGUUGAUGACCUAAACAUUCCGAAAAUCUAUUUAUAGAGGGAUGUACUCCUAUCGGUAAUUCCCGGUCUCUCCCGGUCUAUUUUGACCGGGAUUUACUAGUGACCGGCGAAUAGUAUGACACGUUUAUUGUCCGGUCUCUCCCGGUUUUGGUUUAGAACAAAUAUUUUACAGAUAAAUAAGCUUUUUUUCCAAAAUGAAUGUUUGUCACUUAGUUUGGUUACAAUAAUUAAUAAACACAGAUCAACUCUCAAAUUUAUUGUUUAUUAAUUUAUUAUACAUAAACAUACAAUUCGAAAAAAAAAAACCAACAACAACAACAAUAGCAUGUUUCAUUUUAUCUAUAUGAGAUAAAAACAAUAAAAAUGUACAAUAAUUGAGAAAACAGGUACAUUUUUAUGGUUUUAAUAUGACACUAUCAACUUUGAAAGAAUUUAUUUAAUUUGUUAUUCGUGUUUAGUAAAGAUGCCGUGGAAUUAUUCAAAGUUACAAAUUAGAUUUUAUGAAUUAUUCAAUUGAUUGAUAAUUUAAAAGAUGAUAAAGAAAAAUACAAAUGUACAUGUACAUGUUUUAAAAUAAAACAAAAUUAAUUUUGAAAGAUUAACAAUAAUUUACUGACUUUUUCCAGUUAAGUUUUGACUUAUAAUCGUCGGUCAAUAUGACACUUGAAUUCUUAAAAUUUAUUUUACAAUUUUAAUAUAAAAAAAGAGUAGUAAACGUAAAAUCUCAGUAUUAAAAUAGCACAUAAAACACAAAAAAAGAAAAGAAAACAAAAUUCAUAAAAUCUGUAAUUUUUUUUAUUAAAAUAGAUAUUACAUUUUUUUUAAUCAGACUAGAAAAUAGUACAUUAAACCUUAUUAUUUAAGAAGAUGUAACACUCUUAAAUUUAAAGAGCUACUUAAUACGCAGUCAAAAAAGCUAUAUACAUUUAUUAAAAUUAUUUUAGAAACGGUUAAACAGUAAGGAAUCACAUGAAUAUAUUUUCUCUGUAAAAAUGGUAAUACUGUCAUAGGAUCUGUACACCAAUACUGUAUUAAUGUUUUAUUUAUUCCAUUUGCUUUUCCUUGUCACUGCUGUCAGUAUAGUUCAUCAGUUUUUAUGUACAAAUAUUAUAAUCUUUUUUCUUCUUUUUUUUGUAAUUAAUGCAAACUGUCACUUCAUUGACACAGAUUAUAACUCAUAUGUCUAUUUUUUCAUAGGUCAAGCUUUUUUCCUUGACUUCUCUAGUUCUAGUUUUACACUAUCUUUUGGGUAUAGCGCGGUUUCGAUGCAGUGAUUUAAUUCAGGCUGCACAAAUACAAUAAGAAUAAACUUUGUUUCUUUAAAAAACAAUAUAAAAUGGUGUUGAUAGUGCUCAAAAUUCACAUAACUAUUACAAAGUGUAGAUUAUUAAAUAAGUUUCAGCCACCAAAUAUCCGAAAAUGGAACAUUCCCAGACAAGAAUUUAUAGUCCUUUUCAAAAAAAUAAAUGGAGUAACACACCAUCACUAUUGUCAAUUCCCCGUUUAACAAACAAUCUGUCACGUGACCUCACAAGGUAUUUUUUUGUAUAAUUUGCUGUAUGCUCACAUGCUUGUUAUCAUUGCUUGAGCUAAAUAAAGUUUAUGUUGUUGUUGUUUAUUGUAUAAAAACAAUUAUGCUCAACAUGAUCAACAUAACAUAAUAAGGGACAAUUACACAAGGGUGGUGUUGAUCAUGCGUUACACAUAUGAAUUAUAAAUGAUUGUAUACAUGUAUAUCCGUUGCUAUUAAUAAUCACGGUCAUAAAGAAAUAACAAGAUAUAUUCUAAUCUCUAGCAUGCCAAUCAAAGUUCACAAUGAACAAUGUCUUUCGUCCGUUCAUUCAUAAGUGAUAUACAAUUCUGGUAAAAACCAAUUAACCAUUGAAAAGAUUAUAAAAAUAUCUUGUCAUCAUAUGUCUACUAGUUCAUCUUCACCUGCUGCAUUUCUUGCUUGGACGCCCUUUGAUGCUUUGCAUCAAUACUUUUCUUGUUUGUAUAUUGUAAUAACUUUAAAAAAAUCUUGUUUUAAAUAAACCCAAAGAUUUGAGCUAAGACAUUUAGCAUUAAACAUCUUCUAGUGAGUGUCUACUAAGUUUAUUCAAAUAAAAACCCUGGGGUGUAAAUUGGCCGUGCUCCGUGGGAUCAUUGAUUUUCCUUACAUGUGCACAUCUUUUGGAACUGUUGUUUUCCCUUUGCAGUAGCAACCAGUAAUGUUUUGACACAUGCACUAUUUCAGAUACAAAUAUGAACUUUGUGAUAUCAGUUUUACAUUUUUAUUUGCUUUUGUUUAUAGUUUACAAUAUUACUAGUUCCUUGUCAUGAAAAGUUUCUAUAUUCAGGUGAGCAAUUUCAGGGCCAUCACGGCCCUCUUGUUUUAUGUGUGCUAUUAUUUAUGAUGAUAUUUACUUAGAUUACAUCUCUCAUGUUUGCAGUUACUUCAUCAUUAUACUUUGAUAACUUACAUUAUUCAGCUUCUUCCUGUUAAGUAGACUGUAUACAUACAUUUUUACAUUCUCUCAUAAUGACCAAUGAUCGCAAGAAAUAUACAUGUGUGUGUGUGUGUGUGUGUGUGCGUGCGUGCGUGCGUGCGUGCGUGUGUAUUUAUUUAUAUGAAGUAGUUUUCAGAAGUACAUUUAAUUGGUGAAAGAAAAAAACAACAAAAAACAAAACAGCACAUUAAAAAAAAAUCAUUUCAUUUAUAUAUUUUUCGAUCUGGAUUGUGACAACGCAAUUAAUAAGUUAUGUAAAUAUUUCUUAAGUUAUCUUUCUUGACUUUGAUCAGGAACAUUGUGUCAUGUGUGGUCAUGAUUUACAUAAAGCUCUAUCUUGAGAUCCUAUGGUGGAACUGCACAUAAAGUUAUUUUUGGCUUGCAGCCCGGCUGCAAGCCAUUUGUUUUGGAAAAAUUGUUCCGGUUAGGUGGUUUCCUGCUUACAUUUGUUAGUGCAUGAUUGAACGGGAAACCAGCUGCAAUCGUUCCAAUCGCAACUUUUCGGCCCUUUCCGUCACUCUUCGGAUUUAUGAUAAUAGCCGAAGUAGUUCUGAUUGCAAUCAUGACAAUUCGGGCGAUUCCGUCAUACUGCGGAAUCAGACGAAGUAAUAUUACGGAAAUCUAAGCUAUUUUAGUUACUUCGGUAAUCCCAGUUUGUUUAUAUAAAUAGGAUUUCUAUUUUUACUUGAUUCCGUUUCAAUUCUUUUUCAAGACGCAAAAGUUAGUUUCUUUUAUAAUUGGUUUUUGUCUUUAUUAGUUUUAUACAAUAGAGAAUGGUUACUGUAGUAGUAUUCCGUCUCUAAAGGGCGGCCCUGCUUACCAAAAGAUCUUGACCGAGUCACGCAGAAUAUUAGUGCAUGAUCAAGUUAUAUUUAGGUUUAAACGUCUUGGUGAGGUAAUCUAAAAAUAGCCCAUGCAUAUCAUUAACCUUACCACGUGUUGUCGAUCAUAGAUAUUUUAGGUACAUGAUUAUUAGUAACGAAGUCUUUUAGUGCAUUUACUUGUCUCUAAAGCUGCUAUAUAAAUGAAAUUAGCAACUGCCAAAACGAAUGAUUCUCUCUGCGAAAAAAGUGGAAAUGAAAUGUGCGCACUUGUUUCCCUUCAGUAUGAUAGAUUGAUCUCUAAUUCUCCACGUGAGAGCCAAUGUUAGUAUUUUUACGAUUGAUUAUUUUCUUUAUUAGUUUUAUACAAUAUAGAGAAUAGAUUUCGAAUCGUUUUUGACAAAAAAAAUAUUCGUUUUUACAAAAAGAAAGUUGCUACUGUUAUCGUCAGCAUGUUCCCGUUCAGUUAUAAUCAGUGGACUUCUGGUCCCUAUUUUGGUCCAAAUUUGCACGCAUAACACUGGUGCUCAAACAAAUGGGCACAGCUAGGUGCUCGUCCAGUCUUGGGCUUACCCUACCUAUCCCUUUAAAAAAAAAGUGAAACUUUUUUUUCGAGAAAAAACCCUAAAUAAACCCUUUAUGAUAUACAAAUGCCGUAAUUCAAAAAAAAUUGUGAUAAUAAAUUGAAACAAAAAAAACAAUUUUAAAGGGAAGGGAUGAUGGCACAACUGAGCAAGCCUUUCCUUUUAAAAGGAAACUUUAUUUAAUCUGUUUAAAAAAUAUCAUAUUUGGCAUUAAAACAGUUUGUGGAAGAUUAUAGACUUAAUCUAACCAUAAAACAAACAAGAGACAGUGAGAAUUAUUUUUGACUAAAGGGAGAGUUACAUGAUAGAAUUCAUUGUUUUAGCGUGUACAGUAUAUAUUUCUACGUGUAAGAGAUAUAUAUGAUGGUGUGCCACUUGUUAUUUAGAUAGGGCUUAUUCAUUUAUAGUAACUCGGUGAUAGUCAAACUUUGUACUUUUAUAAAGUAUAUUAUAUUGUUGGCGUCCGCGCCGAAGCGCGGCGCCCUUAUUUCGCCCUUAUGGAAUGAAAUCAGAUUUUGUGAAAGGGCGACAGCAACUUCUCGAGCCUUAUAGUCGGUCAUAAUAAAAGUCGAUCAUUCCGAUCGGUAUGAGGGUGCUUGAUUAAAAAAAAUGUCUCGAUAUGUACAAUGAAUAGCGACCUGGAGAAUUUCGCAAUGCAUGAAAUAACCUUUUCCGUCUCUUCGGGUUUUUUUUUUAUUUAUCAUUUUGCAGUACACAGUAGGUUAUUAUGGUAUGUUAAAAUAGAAUGAUGAGUUGAUGACCUAUACAUUCCGAAAAUCUAUUUAUAGAGGGAUGUACUGCUAUCGGUAAUUCCCGGUCUCUCCCGGUCUAUUUUGACCGGGAUUUACCUAAGUGACCGGCGAAUAGUAUCACACGUUUAUUGUCCAGUCUCUCCCGGUUUUGGAGUAGAUGUUUGAUAUCGUUACAGAACAGAAUAGAUAUUUUACAGAUAAAUAAGCUUUUUUUCCAAAAUGAAUGUUUGUCACUUAGUUUGGUUACAAUCUAAUUAAUAAACAUAGAUCAACUCUCAAAUUUAUUGAUUAUUAUUAUACAUAAACAUACAAUUCGAAAAAAACAACAACAACAACAACAAUAGCAUGUUUUAUUUUAUCUAUAUGAGAUAAAAAAACAAUAAAUAUGUACAAUAAUUGAGAAAAAGGUAUAUUUUUAUGGUAUAAAUAUGACACUGUCAACUUUGAAACAUUUUAUUUAUUUUGUUAUUCGUGUUUAGUAAAGAUACCCAGGAAUUAUUCAAAGUUACAAAUUAGAUUUUAUGAAUAAUUCAAUUGAUUGAUAAUUUUAAAAAAAUGAUGAAGAAAAAUACAAAUGUACAUGUACAUGGUUUAAGAAUAAGCAAUACAUUGUAUAUUGAAAGAUUAAGCAUAAUUUACUGAGUUUUUCCAGUUAUGUUAUGACUCAUAUGACAAUUGAAUUUUUAAAAUUUAUUUUACAAUUUUAAUAAAAUAAGAGUAGUAAACGUGAUAACUCAGUAUUAAAAUAGCACAUAAAACACGAAAAAGAGAGGAAAACAAUAUUCAUAAAAU